GGAUGCUGGAAUGUGGUUUUGCCACUGUUAGGUGUCAGGGUGGCUCAACCCUCCCUCUUUUGCAGGUCACUGGGGCCGAUGUGUGGGUGACUGCGGUUCUGGGGGCAUGCGAAGCCGGGCUGUCUGGUGCACCCACACCGAAGGCUGGACGUCCCACCACGCCAACUGCGACCAGCAGGAGAAGCCUGAAAGCCAGCAGCGGUGCUUCAAAGUCUGCGACUGGCACUUGGAGCUGUUCGAGUGGGAGGUUUCGGGAUGGGGACCCUGCGUGCCCGGCGGUGAGGCUGGACCCUGCGUGAUGGCACAGCACGGCCUGCAACGCCGCAGCGCCCGCUGCCUUCAGAAGCUGGACAGGAGUGUCGUGGCCGCUGAGAUCUGUGAGCACCUGGCACCGCAGCCACCCCUGGAGCAGGCCUGCCUGGUGCCGUGCCCACGGGACUGCGUUGUCACAGACUUCUCCCCCCUGGUCCCAGUGUGGCGGGGUUGCAGCAAUAGCUUGCGGCACCGGACCCGUGCUGUCAUCGCUCCUCCUCUCUAUGGAGGUGCCCCGUGCCCCAACCUGACAGAAUCGCAGACCUGUGCUGCUGCCACCUGUCCCCUGGGUGAGGAGGAGCACACCUACAGCCUCAAGGUGGGACCUUGGAGUGACUGCAGGCUGCCACGCCGCGAGGACGCCUCGUUGGAUUUGGGGGAGGACUCUGGAGAGCUGAGUGCGUCGUGGUUGGAAAACCACAAGGCCCAGCACCGUCCCCACGUGGGGCAGGUGGGGUACCAGACCAGGGCGGUCAGCUGUGUGCGGAGCGACGGCAGGCACGCCGUGCUGAGCCUUUGUGUGCAAGACGUUGUCCCUUUGACCUCCAAGACCUGUGUCAUCGCUAGAGACUGUGAAACAUCUGAGUGGUCGGCGUGGAGCUCCUGCUCACAGACCUGCAGCUGGGGAGAUCUCACCCCGGGCUUUCGGAGCCGGCAUCGUAGUGUGCGGAGUGUGGCCAUGGGAAAUGGGAAGCUCUGUCCAGAGCUGGAGGAGAAGGAAGCCUGCAGCACGGGAGGGAGAGAGCUGCUGAAGCCUUGCCCCAGGUUUUCCUGGAGGACUUCUGAAUGGAAAGUUUGCCAAGUGUCUCUCUUUGACCAGCAGAGCCCUCGACAUCAUAAACAUGUAGAGCCUUGUGGAGGUGGCAUACAAACCCGUGAAGUUUAUUGUGUCCAGAUCACUGUAGAAGCCGAAAUGCACCGAAUGAAGGAAGUUAGCAGACCAGUUGAUGGGAAGUUCUGCCUGGGUCCUGCUCCCUCUGCCUCCCAGCUGUGUGACCUGCCCUGUCCCUUGGAGUGCACAGUGUCUGCCUGGCUGGCGUGGGGCCCCUGCCUUCCCGAAGACUGCCGGGACCGCCAGGGAAGAAGAGGCUUUAGAAUGAGGCAAAGGCAUGUUCUUGUGGAUCCUGUCGGCACCCUGGCAGGUUGUCCACAUUUAGUUGAAUCUAUUCCUUGUGAAGACCCAACGUGCUACGAGUGGAUCGUUUCAGAAGGAAUAUGUGUUGCUGACCAUGGAAAAUGUGGACCUGGAAAACACAUCCUGAAAACUGUAUGCAAGAACAAGAAAGGUGAAGAAGUACCAUAUCACCUUUGCUCAGAGCUUCCACGUCCUGAUGUCAUGGUUUGUGAAAUCCCUUGUGCAACAGACUGUGUGCUCAGUGAGUGGUCCCAGUGGUCCCCGUGCUCCCAUUCAUGCUCCAGUAAAAUUGCAGAGGGCAGCCAAAGCAGGAGUAGGUCCAUCUUGGCCCUUCCAGCAGAAGGUAAGUGGUAA